CUCCCAGUCCGGUCGGCCACCAGUGUCAGCGGGAUCAUUCGAUUGGGGAGAAUUUGUUAUUACCUACACACUCUCAAUCCACCGAGAGCCACCGAUACCUAUCUAUCUAUCUAUCGUCAACCCUCGCCUUCACCUGACCGCCGAUACCACUGAGCCUGCAGGCCUCCAUCAGACUCGCCAUGUCUUCCGCCUCUGUCCUCCGCGUCGCCGUCCGCGGCCCUACCCAGACCUUUUUCCGCGCAUACCGUCCCGUUGCUCCUCCUUCUCGGGCCAGCGCUGCCCUGGUCCCUGGCUUCAUUGCCGGCUCCAGCCUCAACUUCAGCACCACCGUCCCCCGUCGCAGCGAGCACGCCGAGGAGACCUUUGAGGAGUUCACUGCCAGGUAUGAGAAGGAAUUCGACUCCGUGCAGGACGUCUUCGAGCUCCAGCGCAACCUGAACAACGCCUUCGCCUACGAUCUCGUCCCCUCCCCCUCCGUUUUACAGGCCGCUCUCAAGGCCGCGAGAAGGGUGAACGACUUCCCCACCGCUGUCCGCGUCUUCGAGGGAGUCAAGGCCAAGGUUGAGAACAACGGUCAAUACGAGCAAUACCUUGCCGAGCUGAAGCCUCUGCGCGAGGAGCUCGGCAUUGUGCUGAAGGAGGACCUGUACCCCGAGAAGGCCAAAUAAAUUGGGUUAAUCGUCUUCGCUACCACCGCUCCCGUCAACUCCGUCUAUACAUACUCGGGCUAAAUCCAUAGGCUGCACGAGCGGCUUGGACUGAACCGAAAUUUUUCGAUCUCGAGACGAAAUAGGAGAUUAUAAUUCAAGUAGAGCGAGUUCGGGAGGAAACGAAAGGGGAGAAAAAAACCCUUGGAUGGGCUUUGGUGUCGCCUUCUUGGAUGCCGUAGAUCCAACCAUGUGUAUAUGUCUACUAUAAACAGCCUUUUUACCAACAAACCAACACUAGAGAGAUUCGAAAUGUCUUUUGAUUUUUUAUUCCCCCGUCUAAGUGGCAAAGAAAAGGAGAUGAUUUCCCAAGGCGUACAACUGAUGGCACUGACUGCAUUUGGGUGAAGAUAGAGGCCGAGACAGCUCGUAUAUUUUCCAUUUUAUUUUUGUUGUGUAGAGCAUCGAUGUUUUCCUUCUAAUCUAGGAUCCCUGUUGUCACUUAUACUAGAUAUCUGCCCCUACCUAUGUAAAUAUGACACAGAGACAAGACGUUCGAGGAAGAAGGAGUGUUGAGAGUAUAAUAAGGUAGUAAGUAAGUAAAUUAUGUUUGCUCAUAAUAACUAUAUACUGCGUCUUGAGGGACAGAAGGGGAAGAAUUGCUAAGGAAUAACGGAAAAUGAAAGAAACAGAA